UAAGAUAACAUUGGUAGGUGACAACUGGCAACGACGCACACCAGACAGAAUAAUUUUUACCGCCAAGUUUUUCCUGCAACAAACAAACGAGAUUUCUUCUUUGAAAGUGAAAAUUUUCUCUUAGAUAAGUAUCAAAAUAUUGAAAGGGAAUUAUGGAGGAAGGUUUACGCUCAUUUUCUGAACGCAAUAACCGCAAUAUUACCAUUGCGUCGCAAGUCCCUGAUGUUUGUCGUAACGAAGCCUGCGCUUUAGGAAUCGACGAAGCAGGGAGGGGACCAGUAUUGGGUCCCAUGGUUUAUGGAAUAACAUAUUGCCCAGAGUCUCGAGCUCAGGAGUUGAAAGCUAUAGGGUGUGCUGAUUCAAAAACACUCACUGAAGAGCAACGUGAGAAACUUUUUGAAAAGCUGGAUUCACUUGGUGAUUUUGUUGGAUGGGCUGUAGAAGUAAUAUCACCCAAUUCAAUAUGCAACAGCAUGUUUAAAAGGCUGAAACACAGCCUGAAUGAAGUGUCUCAUGAUUCAGCAAUUGGACUCAUUAGGAAAGCAUUGAGUUUGGAAGCAAACAUCACUUCUGUUUUUGUUGACACUGUUGGACCACCAGAAAAAUAUCAGGCUAAGCUUUCUGCCCUUUUCCCUGGUAUCAAGAUAACUGUCUCCAAAAAGGCUGAUUCUCUAUUUCCAGUUGUCAGCGCUGCUAGUAUUUGUGCCAAAGUUGCACGUGAUAAAGCCUUGUCUAGUUGGCAGUUCAGAGAGUCUCCAUUUGUUGAUUUAAAUAGUGAAGAAAUGAAAUGGGGAAGUGGCUAUCCAGGAGAUCCUACCACAAAAAAGUUCUUGGCUAAGAAUAUUGACCCAGUUUUUGGAUUUCCCCAACUAGUCCGUUUUUCUUGGUCAACUUCAGAGCAAAUUUUGAAAACCAAAGGUGUAUCUGUAGAGUGGGAAGACACAGAAGAACAAGAAAAUCAAGCAGUGUCAGUAAAGAAAUUCUUUGUAAACUCAGGUAAAACGAAUACGCCACGGAGGCACCCUUAUUUUGCCGAUCGCAGAUUGAAACCGGCAACUAAACUUGUUUGAAAACUAGUAGAUCGAAAGUAAUAAUAACUGAUUUUUCAUAA